AUGACACUCAUCGAUUCAAAGAAACCCGAGACUAUCGACGUUGUAGUUGUCGGCGCAGGCCUCUCUGGACUCCGCGCAGCCGUCAAGAUCCAUGAAGCUGGCCACUCCGUCAUCGUUCUCGAAGCCGGUGAUCGGGUCGGCGGAAAGACUCUCAGCGUCAAUGCCUCCCACUUGGGAGGGAAAGUUGAUCUCGGUGCAGCUUGGAUAAAUGACACCAACCAGAGCGACAUGUAUAAGCUUGCGCAGGAGUUUGGCUUCGACCUGAUCAAGCAAAGAGCCACUGGGCUGAACCUACACCAGCAGCUGGACGGCAAAGUUGACAAGAUACCGCACGGGGAUGGAAUACCUCUGCCUUCGGGUGCGGCCGAAUUGGUUCAAGAAUUCAUUGAGAAACUGAACAGAUGGGUCGAAGAAAUCGAUCCCGAGAACCCCUCUGAUCAUCCUGAAGCAAAAAUGCUGGACUCGCUGACCUUUGGCCAACUAGGCGCCAAGCAUCUUGGGCCCGAACUUGGCCCUGCAGUCGCCGAUUCCGCUACCAGUCCUCUCUUAGGCGUGGGACCCGACGAGGUCAGCGCGUUGUUCAUGAUUGAUUACUUCCGCAGUGGCACAGGUGUGGCCAACAUGGCUUCUGAUGGUAAAGAUGGAGGACAGUAUCUGCGUAACAGACAAGGAAACCAGACGUUCUCGAUUCGUCUAGCAGCCAAGCUUCCAAAGGCGGCUGUAAGACUCCGCAGUCCUGUCAAGACCAUUAUACAAGGCUCGGAUGGCGUCAUCGUCGAAACAGCCAACCCAGGGCAGAAAUUCCGAGCUAAGAGAGUGGUUGUUUCAGUCCCAACUUGCCUCUACUCGUCCCUUGCAUUCGAUCCACCCCUGCCGCUGACUAAGAAGACGUUGAGCGAUAGCACUGCUUUGGGCUACUAUUCCAAGACUAUAUUUGUCUUUGAUAAGCCAUGGUGGCGUGAAGCUGGUUUAAGUGGCAUAAUAGAGUCGGACGCGGGGCCUAUAUACUUCUCAAGAGAUACAUGCUCAGAGGAGGACGGGCAAUACAGUAUCACUUGCUUCGUCGUUGGCGAUAGAGGCAGGGAGUGGUCCAAGUGGUCAUCUGCAGAGCAGAAGAGGAUGAUAUCAGACCAGUUCAAGCGUAUCUUCAGCGCGGUGGGCAUCGAAGCACCAGAUCCUGUCAACGUUAUCGCCCAUGAAUGGGCUAAGCAGCCCUGGAUCUGGGGUGCGCCAUCGCCCGUCAUGAUGCCAGGAACACUGACAAGCGAUAGUGGUAAAGCACUGCGUGAGGCCUAUGGAAGAGUUCAUUUUGUAGGCACUGAAACGUCGCUGGUUUGGAAGGGGUAUAUGGAGGGCGCUGUUCGAUCUGGUGUGCGAGGUGCCAAAGAGGUGAUCAAGGCCUUUGAGGACGAAUAG